UCUUCACGUGUCUCGGUGUGUUUACCUGCGGAGGACCGAGCACCGGUGAGUCCAGAGGCUCCGUUGAGACCAGAACCCGGGUCAGCACGGCUCGGCUCGGAUAGACAAACGUUCUGGUCUGUUUUCAUACGGGUCCCUGCUGCGGCUAGCUGGAACAUGUCUAGAGAGGUUACCCAUGAGGUGGAGCAGACCCAGUCCACCCAGUCCCUGUCCCAGGGACUUUCUACCCUGUCCCCCACCCAUGCUAAGACCCAGUCUAAGUCCCAGCAUGGCUCUAGCUCCUCCAGCGGUCCCACCUCGUCCAGCGGCUCAGGGACGCUGAGCAGCGUGGACACCAUCCCCGUCACCCUGUCCUCUGUCCCCGAGGAGCCUGAACCCCAGCCCUGGGGCCGGCUGCUGCCCAUGGCCCCGGGCUUCAGGAGCCACGACUGCUUCGAGGACCAGUACCUGUUUGGACGCAGCUUCAACUGUAACUACGUUCUGAACGAUCCGGACGACACAGAAUCUAAAAAGUUCCGGAUCUACAGCAAGAGACACUUCAGGAUCUACAGGGAGGGCAGUGAGGUGUUUGUGGUGGACCUCAGCAACAACGGGACGUUUGUGGACGGUAAUCGGAUCGGGCAAGACAAGAAGCUUCCUCUGGUCAACAACGCCGUGAUCGCCCUGGCUGAGCCACGAAACAAAGUCUUCGUCUUCAUCGAUCUGAUGUCAGACGAUCAGUCCAGUUUACCGAAAGGGCUUCAGGAGAAAUAUCUGCUGACCCGGCGCAUCGGCACGGGAGUGUGUGGAGAAGUUAAACUGGCCUUCGAAAGGUCGUCCUGCAGGAAGUUUGCUGUGAAAAUAAUCAACAAAAAGAACUUCCAGUCUGAAGGGACGGCGACACGAAAUGCUCAGACGGAGAUCGAGAUCCUGCAGAGAGUCGACCACCCUUGUCUCAUAAAGACGGAGGACUUCUAUCAGACAGAGGACAGUUAUUACAUCGUGUUGGAGCUGAUGGAGGGGGGGGAGUUGUUCCAGAGAGUGAAGUCUAAGCAGCAGCUCACUGAGUCCAUCACCAAACUGUAUUUCUAUCAGAUGCUGCGAGCCGUCAAGUAUCUCCACAGUAAGGGGAUCAUACACAGAGACCUGAAACCGGAGAACAUCCUGCUGUCCUCUCAGGAAGACGUCUGUCUCAUCAAGGUGACGGACUUCAACCAGUCCAGGAUCCUUGAGGAGAGCCUGCUGAUGAGGACCCUGUGUGGGACCCCCUCCUACCUGGCUCCAGAGGUCUUCACCCAGGCGUCCACCACGGGCUACAGCCUGGCGGUGGACGCAUGGAGCCUUGGGGUGCUGCUGUUUGUCUGUCUGUGUGGGUACCCUCCGUUUCAUGAAAGUUUUGGUCGUCAGUCGAUCUCAGAGCAGAUCAUCAGAGGAGAGUUCACCAUGGUGCCGUCCAAGUGGAGAAACGUCUCCGCCCAGGCUAAGGACAUGGUGCGCAGGCUCCUGGUGGUGGACCCCUCUGACAGGCUGUCUAUAGAGGGGGCUCUGCAACACCCCUGGCUGCAGUGUUGUGGUGUUUCCUGUGCUCAGGAUGAUGAGAUGCAGCAGACGGCUCACACACUGAUGUUCCCCUCUGAUGCUGCUGCCAUGCAGGAGGCGGAGUCAGCGCCCGGCAGGAAGCGGAGGCGUGAAGAAGAUAAAGAGGAAGUUCCUUCAGGAAAAAGGGGCCAAGCCCCGCCCCCUGCAGGGGACCAACUGUAAAUAAAGUUAUUGUAGGUUUUCUA